AUUGACUAAAAUUUAACCCUAUUUUUUUAUUUUUGAAUUAUUCGGUCGAUGUGGAAAUAACAAAAUCAAAUGGCUCCGACUAAAAAUAAACCGCAUCAAAGAAGGCUGCGUGCCGUAGACAUGCUGCGAAAAUAUUGCACCAAAGAGUAUGUAAUGAAGUUAAUUUUCGAUCCUCAUUAUCUGUGGCCCAUAUGCUUGGUUUUGCUCCUGUUCGAGUUUAUAUUAAAUUUACUCAUCAUUCGAAGAGUCAACUAUACCGAAAUUGACUGGAUUGCGUAUAUGCAAGAAGUAGAAGGGUUCUUAAACGGCACUCGCGAUUAUAGCGAGUUAAAAGGUGACACAGGUCCAUUGGUGUAUCCCGCUGGUUUUGUCUAUAUUUACAGCGCGUUGUAUUAUGUAACAUCAAAGGGGAAGAACAUUUAUUUGGCGCAGCAUAUAUUUUUGGUUUUCUAUUUAAUUCAAACUUUCUUGAUUCAACGAAUAUUUCGAAAGACUAUGAAAAUUCCUCCGUACGCUUUACUUAUCGUUUCUCUGACGUCUUACAGAAUACAUUCUAUCUUCGUUUUGAGACUGUUCAACGAUCCUAUAGCUGUUUUGCUAUUUUUCGUGAGUUUGAAUUUGUUCAUUUCCAACCAGUGGAUUUUGGGAAGUGUUUUUUAUUCGCUCGCAGUCUCGGUUAAAAUGAACAUCUUGUUGUAUGCACCUUGUCUUCUUCUGGCUUAUUUAACUAAUUUAAGCUAUACGAAAACUUUCAUUAAUCUACUUAUAUGCGGGUUUAUUCAAUUAAUGUUAGGCCUUCCUUUCUUAACUCAAUACCCUGUGUCAUAUUUAAAAGGCAGUUUCGAUUUAGGAAGGGUGUUUGAGCAUAAAUGGACUGUUAAUUUCCGUUUUCUACCAAAAGACAUUUUCGAAAAUAGAAUCUUCCAUUUGGGACUUCUUGCAUUACAUAUUUUGUUACUAUUAGUUUUCGUACCUCACUUCAAGAGGUACUUGGAGAGUUACGCCAAAUUGAACAUAGUAACCGAUCAAUAUAAGCAACAAAUUUCAGAAAAAACCGAAAACGAAAAGAAGGAUAAAUACGAUAAAAUAAGUAAAAACCAAAAGCGGUUUUUGAGUUCCUUCGAACGACAGCUACAAGCAUCGGGUAAAGUGAAAGUUCAAGAGGAACCAGCCAAGCUCCAAGACAAACUCUCUAAAAUUAUCCAAUUAUUCGUGUUGCCAUUUUUCGUAACUAAUUUAAUAGGGGUGGCUUGUGCCAGAUCUCUCCAUUAUCAAUUCUACAGUUGGUAUUUUCAUAGCCUUUUGUAUUUGGUGUUUUGCACUGAAUACAGAAACUCAUUUAAAUUUUUAUUGCUGGGUUUAAUCGAGUAUUGCUGGAACGUGUAUCCCAGCACUAACAUUUCCAGUACAAUAUUACAUUGCUGUCACAUUGUUUUAUUAGUUGGUCUAUACAGAAACAUGAAAAAGUAAAUUUGAUUAUAAUAUAUAUUAUAAUUG